GACGUCACUUCCCCCUUCUCCUUCCUCCCCCCGCCGCCGCCAUCAUGGCGGCCGUGUCGGUGUUCCCGUCCCCGGCCGAGCUCGGCGCGGCCCUGGCGCGCUCGGUGGCGGACGCGGCGGCCGAGGCGGUGGCGAGCGGCGGCCGCUUCACGCUGGGGCUGUCCGGGGGCUCGCUGGUGGCGCUGCUGGCGCGGGAGCUGCCGGCGGCGCUGCGGGCGGCCCCGGGCGCGGAGCCCUCCCGGUGGCUGCUGGCGUUCUGCGACGAGCGCCUGGUGCCGCCCGAGCACCCCGACAGCACCGGCGGCGCCUACCGGUCCCAGCUGCUGUCCCAGCUGCCCCGCCCCUCCCCCCACGUGCUGUGGGUCACCCCCGGACUGGGCCCCGAGGAGACGGCGCGGGACUACGAGGGACAGCUGAGACGGGCGUUCCCGGGCGAGGCCACGCCCCGCUUUGACCUGCUGCUGCUGGGGGUGGGGCCGGACGGCCACACCUGCUCCCUGUUCCCGGGCCACGCCCUGCUCCAGGAGCAGAAUUCCCUGAUUUCCUUCCUGGAGGACUCUCCCAAGCCGCCGCCCCAGCGGGUGACGAUGACGCUGCCGCUGCUCAACGCGGCCAAGGCCCUGCUGGUGGUGGCCACCGGCGCCUCCAAAGCCCCUGUGAUCAAGCGCAUUUUGGAGCCGCCGGAGGAGCAGCGGGAGGAGUCGGAGUCGCUCCCGGCCGCUCGACUCCGGCCGCGCUCGGGGCGGCUCUGGUGGCUCCUGGACCAGGAGGCGGCCAAGGAACUGCGGAUCCCCCUGGAAAAAUGUCCCUAAAAAUGGGAAUUCCAUGGAAAAAUGGGAACAUCGCCUGGAAAUGGGGGAAUUCCGUGGAAAAAUGUCUUUAAAAUGGAGGAAUUCCGUGGAAAAAUGGCACUAAAAUGGAGAAAUUCCAUGGAAAAAUGUCCAUGAAAUUAAGGAAAAUCCAUGGAAAAAAUGUCUUUAAAAUGGAGGAAUUCCAUGGAAAAAUGGCACUAAAAUGGAGAAAUUCCAUAGAAAAAUGUCCUUAAAAUGGAGAAAUUCCAUGAAAAAAUGUCCUUGAAAUGGAGAAAUUCCAUGGAAAAAUGUCCCUAAAAUGGAGAAAUUCCAUCAAAAAAUGUCCUUGGAAUGGAGAAAUUCCAUGGAAAAAUGUCCUUGAAAUGGAAAAAUUCUAUGGAAAAAUGUCCUUAAAAUGGAGAAAUUUUGGGGUUUUGUCCAUGGAAAAAUUGGGAAUUUGAACUGGGAGGGACUGGGAUGAACUGGGAGGGAUAAAAAUGAAUAAAAAUAGGCUGAAAAAAAGCAAA